GCACAAAACCACCAGAAGAUCACAAUGGAGCACCACACCUCCUUCUGGUUCCGCCAACCCAUCUUCUAUCCCAAACCUAAUCCAAUGUCUGAGGUCCGGGACCACAUCCCGAACCAGAACGACGUGUCCUUAUCACUGGCGAGCCACGUCAUCGCCACCCACGCCAGGGACAAAAACCUCGUGCUCUCGCCCCUGUCCAUCAACGUCGUACUGGGCAUGAUUGCAUCCGGGUCGAGCGGCCCGACCCGAGACCAGAUGCUCGGCUUUCUCAAGUCCGAGUCCGUCGAAGAACUCAAUUCCCUCUCGGCAAAGCUCGUGGCUCACCUGUUCACCGACGGUGGGCCGCUCGGUGGGCCCAGUUUGUCCGCCGCUAACGGCGUUUGGAUUGAUCAACGUCUCCGCUUCAAGCCCGCUUUCGGAGAAAUUAUCCGGAAUUCUUACAAGGCUGCUUCUAAUCAUGCUGAUUUUCAAUAUAAGGCUGAAGAAGUGAGAAAAGAAGUGAAUGCAUGGGCCGAAAACGAAACAAACGGCCUCGUGAAAGAAAUACUCGAACCCGGUUCAGUCAACGAUUUGACUCAGCUUAUCUUCGCGAAUGCAAUCUAUUUCAAAGGAGCUUGGUUACACGAACUCGAAGCAAUACGUACUAAAGAGGCCGAUUUUUUCCUCUCAAACGGAAGCUCAAUCAAAUCACCCUUCAUGACAUCCACCCUCAAGAAAAGGCAAUGCAUUCGCGAAUUCGACGGUUUCAAAGUUUUGGGGCUACCCUACAAACAAGGCGAAGACCGCAACCGUAAAUUCUCAAUGUAUUUCUUCCUUCCAGAUGCCAGAGACGGACUCCCGGCUUUGCUAGAGAGAGUCGGGUCCGAAUCAAGAUUCAUCGAAAACCACGUCCCGCAUGAAGCGGUGUUGGUUGGUCGAUUUCUAAUCCCGAAAUUCAAAAUAGGUUUCGACUUCGAGGCUUCGAAAGUUCUCAAGGGACUUGGGGUGGUGCUCCCUUUUCGCAUGGGUGGUCUGACGGAGAUGAUUGACUUUGGCGGGGAGUUUCUAGAGGUUUCGAAAAUAUUCCACAAGUCGUUCAUCGAAGUGAACGAGCGAGGCACGGAAGCUGCAGCAGCUACGGUUGCUUUAAUGGGGUUCGGUUGUAGUCGUGUGAUUGAGAAGACGGUGGAUUUUGUGGCUGAUCAUCCUUUCUUAUUUGUUGUAAGAGAAGAUAUUAGUGGUGCGGUUCUCUUCAUUGGCCAGCUACUUAAUCCCCUUGCUGAGUAAUUUGCAUGAUUAGUAGAGUAUGUUCCAAGGCAAUUAUUUUCUUCAUAAAAUAAAGGUUUAUUUUAGUUUUU